UUUUGUGUCUUAUGAUCUAUGAAUUCAUGAGACACAUGGGGAGUCACUUUGCUCCCAGUGGGAAGAAGCUGAACAUCAGCUCCCACGCGCGCUGGAACGCACAGGUUGCUCGCGCCAAAUAUUUGCCUGUUGUAUCAAACCUCAGACCCCCCUCCUUAUAAAAGUUUUAUAAUCCGCGGUCGUGUCAUAUUCGAAGCAGAAGAGGCUGACCGUCAUCACCACCUGUAGGCAUGAGUGAGGAAGAGCAGAGUAACGGCUCGCUGUCCGUCAGGAAACCGUCCCGUAUGCCCAAGUGCUCGCGCUGCAGAAACCACGGAUUCGUGUCUCCGCUGAAGGGCCACAAACGCUUCUGCAACUGGAGGGACUGCCAGUGUCAGAAAUGCAGACUAAUCGCUGAAAGACAGCGGGUCAUGGCAGCCCAGGUGGCCUUACGGAGGCAGCAGGCCCAGGAGGAAGAGAUGGGCAUUUGCAGUCCGGUUAACCUGUCCGGUUCAGACACUCUGGUGAAGAACGAGGUCGUGGGUGACCAUGUGUUUACCAUCAGCUCAGGACCGCCAUCACCCACCACCAGCAGCGCUACCGCCUCUCCCACUAACAUAGAGAGCCGUUCCAUGCUGGCUCUAAGCUCUGGAAUGACCAGCAGAGGGCACACUGAGGGCCCAUCUGAACUGAUGGUGGAUGCCUCCUAUUACAACCUCUACCAGCCCACACCGUACACAUCCUACUAUAGCAACUUGUACAACUACCAGCAAUACCAGAUGCCCAGUGGAAAUGGCCGCCUGUCCAGCCAUAAUGUGCCCCCUCAGUACCGCACACACUCCUACUAUUCAUCUUACCUGAGUCAGGGGAUCGACACGGCUGCAUGUGUCCCACCCAGCACUUGCUCUGAGCCCAAAGCAGCAGCUUACUCCAGUGGAGCUCAAGAUUCCAUCAGCUCAAUGAUCAACACUGAGAACAAGCUUGAGUGUGAGAGCAGCUCAGAAUCUGGAACCUUCUCCGUGGACUCCGUCAUAGAGGGAGCGACCAAAUAAAACACCCUCACCUGCACCAAUCUCUCAUUUUUCUGUUGAGUUGUUUCUGUAACUUUUAACUAAAUGUGUAAUGAUUCUGUAACCAAAUCCUACCUUACUGUUCGGCAUUUUUUGUAGUUAAUACUGAUCAGGUUGAUCAAUGUGGUGUUAUGCAGCUUUGUAGUGGUAAUUCUUUUAAGAUGUAAUCUAAGUUUCUCACUGAUUAUCAGAAAUGCAGUUUACAUAGUUUUUGUUUCAUACAGUUUGAUAGCUUCAGUUUGUUCACUUUGCUGCUGCAGUUUUUAAAGACUAAAUUGAUUCACUUUCCAGCAGCUAUUGAAAGAAAUGGCAGAGCAGAACGAUUUAUUGUCACGUAUCGGUUCAAGCUCAAUAUCGCUGUCAUUGGCCUAAUGGAUAAUCUAACUUGUUUCCAUGACCUUCAUGCUGCAGACUCUAUGAGGGCUUCUCCAGCAUCUCCACAGUGUCGUGCGGGACAGUUGGGUUAGAAGAGAUACUAUUAAAUUAUGCUUCAAUCUCACAGCGAACAGCUUGUUUAUUUAUGGCCAUCACUAAAGGACAUCAUUUAACUUUUGAUGAUUUGCAUCAACCCUGUUCCUGUGCACGAUCCAGCUAAUGUGCAGUGCUCUUCUGAGCUUUCUUUGUAUAAUAUGAAGCUGUGCCCUUGAUUUUAAUGGUGUUGGCACAGAUAGCGUCCUCAGUCAAGUCACAAACAGAGGAGAAGAGAAAGACAAAACUUUCUUUCCUUUUAGGAUAUGUUAAAUGUAUUAGGCUGAUUGAAAUGAGCCAUAUGUUAAUAUGUAAUCUGAUUUUUACAUUUUUAUUAUAGUGGAUGGCGCUUUAUUAUGCUUCGACAAUCGGUAUAUCUUUUGCACUUAUUUACUUACAUGCAACUCAAUAUUAGUAGGUAUCUUGCAGAGACAAAUUAAUUUUGUUCUAAAAACCAAUGUAAAAUGUCAUUAUUUUGAUGCAUUUUUGUGCAAUGACUAACAGUUCACAGUUUGAUUGAUUUGUUAAUUUGUUUUCCAGACGUGUUAAUUUACCCACUGUAUUUUGCCGGUGGCGUGGAUGUGCUCUUGUCCUCCGACACCAUAAUGUUACAAAUAUUUGUAUUAUUGUUGUGAUUAUAAAGCAAUGCAAAAGCUAAUUUGCAAUCGUUGUAUGUUUAUAUGCUCUCAUGUUCAGUGGAAAUAAAAUCAUUAUUGAUGACUGA